UUUUCUUUCGCAUGCGGCUGGAACCCCACCAGUGCACGGCUACAACAUACCUUACCUUACCUUUGCCUGCCUUGCCCAGACCAGGUACUUUCAUCCUGGUAUUUUCAAUAUCGUAUGUACAUGUCAGCCUCGUUCCAUAACAAGGACCUCACCAUGCAUAUGGAAUGACACUCGAAACCCUGAUUUGAAUAUUCAAACCUGACCGUCAAAGUGGCGCAGCUACUCUUCUGCCUUGCGGUCCGGCGCUGUCCGGCCCCGACAUUUUCGAUAUUGGCCAGGACAAUGACCACGACAGCUGCUGCCACCAGUAUGCCCGGGUCCGAUACCAAUGGCGUGACCUCCGGGGUCAAGCCAAAGCUUCACGGCCGGGCCUUUUAUGAGAGCAUCGGAAGCCCCAAGUUUGUCGUGGCGCCGAUGGUGGAUCAGUCCGAAUUCGCUUGGCGAAUGCUCACUCGUUCCUUCAUGCCAGAGUCUCAACGAUCUACAGUCCUAGGAUACACUCCCAUGUUCCACGCCCGUCUAUUCGGCGAGAACCCGUCCUACCGAGACUCGCACUUCCAAGCCAUACGUAAAGAUGCCGCUUCACCAGACGCGCAGCCAACUCCGUGGCUUGACGGCAACCCCGCCAUUGACCGACCCCUAUUUGUACAAUUUUGCGCAAACGACCCGUCCGCCCUGUUGGAAGCGGCCAAGCAUGUUGCCCCAUACUGCGAUGCCGUCGAUCUCAAUCUUGGGUGUCCCCAAGGAAUCGCAAGGAAGGGCCACUACGGCGCGUUUCUCCAGGAAGACCAGGAGUUGAUACACAAGCUGAUCCGGCAGCUGCAUGACGGGUUGUCAAUCCCCGUAACUGCAAAGAUUCGCAUCCUGGAUACCCCGGAGGCGACGCUGGCCUAUGCACGCAAUGUGCUCGAUGCAGGGGCCAGCAUUCUCACCGUCCACGGCCGCAGGCGGGAGCAAAAGGGUCACCUGACGGGCGUGGCGGACUGGAGCGCCAUCCGCCACCUGCGCGAGAACCUCCCACCCGAGACGGUCAUCUUUGCCAACGGCAACAUCCUGCAGCGCGGCGAUCUGGAGCGGUGUCUCGAGGCCACGGGUGCCGACGCUGUCAUGUCGGCCGAGGGCAACCUGAGCGAUCCGACACUCUUUGCGCCCGAGCCCCCGGUCGGGGAGGAAGGAAGAGAGUAUUGGCGUGGCAAGGAUGGUCUCGGCGGUUUCCGCGUGGACGCCGUUAUGCGCCGCUACCUGGACAUCCUGCAUAGAUACGUCGAGGACAAGGAGCCACCGGUGCGCAGGCCAUUGUUCGUGGUAGGCGAGGACGAGGCGUGGAUCACCCAGUCGUUGGAGACACAAGCAGCCACGCAGGCUCCCGAGGGAGGCGAGACGGAAGCCCCCGCAGAUGCGGAAGAGGACGAAGAGGGUCAACCUGCUCAUAAGAAGCGGAGAAAGACCCACAAGAAGAAGAUGAGGGCGGCCGAGACUGGCAUCGGCAAGAAGGACAAGAACCCAUCCCCUAAUUAUAUCGCGGUCAAGGCGCACCUGUUCCACAUGUUGCGUCAUUUUAUCACAAAGCACACAGACGUACGCGAUGCCGUGGCCAGGAGUAGGCUCGGCGAGGGCCACAUCAACUACCUGGAGCGCAUCUUGGACAUGGUCGAACGCAAGGUCGCGCAGGGUAUGAUAGAGUACGCGCGCACCGAAGGCAAGAGCUUUGAGGACGAGCCCUUGGCCAGGAUAACGAUCAAGCCGCAGCCCAAGGCGGAGACCAAGGAUUCAGGCGUACCUAUCGCCGCAGCAGAGGCUGCCAACGGCGAAUCGGAAAAGUCGGCGGUCGACGCUGUUCUCGAUCCCGAGGACGAUCCGGAAAGCUCCUUCGCAACGGUCAAGAAGUGCAGGCGUCCUUGGUGGGUCGUCCAGCCGAUUGUGCGGCCGUUGCCGUUGGAGGCGGCGGCUAAGGGCGCCGUCACCAUGAAGAAGCCUAAAGAGAACAAGAGCAACAACGGCAGUAACGGCGGCAAUGGCAAGCAGGAAGAUGCGUCUCGGAAAAGACCGCACCCUGACACUGAGAGCAAAGUUGAAGCCUUGGAUAAAGAGAUCAGCUUUCCCACCAGUGACUUGGUUUCAGGAUAGCAGCAGUGGAGAGACACAACGUCAAGUUUUCACAAGAAUAUUAAACAUAUAAAUCGGCCCAAAAAAUACAUUAAAAGUUAAUAUUAU